AUGGACAUCGGCACCAUGUCAAUGUGUGAUGUCAGCAUGUCGUCUGAGCCUGCACCAGAUCCCACGGACACCAGUUUCGCACCAGAGACAAGUCCCUCCACCUCCACCACUGGAAGUACGACCAGCAGCUCAGGGCGUCCCACAGGAUGGAGGGAGAAAAAGUGGGUUGUCAAUGAAUCAAAUUUGAUGCAGCUCUUCCAGACCUGCCAUACCUGUGGUACACAGAUGUCAGACGCCAACCUGCUUGUCCGUACAAUCGGGAGUCGAAUAACUGUGAGCUGGACCUGCAACCAAGGACAUAGUGGCAAAUGGGAGUCAUGUCCAACAUCACGCCAAAUGCCAGACAACAACCUUCUUUCUGCAGCAGCAACUCUGUUCACUGGGGCCAGCUACACAGACAUCGCUGACUGGGCUGAAAUGAUGAACCUGCAGCUACCACACAGUGAAACAUACUACGCCAUGCAAAGAGAUUACCUCAUCCCUGUCAUUGCAGAAGCUUACAAAAAACAGGAAGAAGUCAUCACAGCCCGCCUCAUAUGCCAGACAGAGGACGGUGAAGGUGUGCAGCUCUGUGGAGACGGGAGGAGUGAUAGUCCCGGCCACUCCAGUAAAUACACAACCUAUUCCUUCAUGGAUGACUCUAGUAGUCUCAUUGCAACAUUUGAUCUCAUUCAGGUGUCCCAAGCCAGUAGUUCCGUUGCCAUGGAGCCGCUAGGAUUCAAAAAAGGGCUGGAGAGGCUUCUGGAUGAAGGACUGGACAUAAGGGUAGUGACAACAGACAGACAUCCAUCCAUUAGAAAAAUCAUGCGGGAACAGUAUCCGGAGAUCAUGCACCAGUUCGACCCAUGGCAUGUGGCAAAAGGGAUUAAGAAAAAGAUGGUUGCUGCGUGCAACAGGAGGGGUGGUAAAGAGCUUGGCCCUUGGGUGAAGAGUGUUUCCAAUCAUAUGUGGUGGAGCUGCUGCUCCUCAAAAGGAGAUGCAACGGAAUUGCACAGAAGAUGGACAUCUCUCCUCCAUCACAUCACUGGGGUCCAUCGCUGGGAGGACAACGACAGUGUUUACCAGUGCUACCACAAGGAUUUGGCGCCAGAGCACCAAGAGGCAAAAAAAUGGCUGUCUGAAGAUUCCGCAGCCUACAGAUCCUUGCGUGAAAUGGUGUUGGACAAACGGCUCAUGAAGGACCUUGAACAAAUGACCCUGUUCAAGCACACGGGGCAACUGGAGGUGUUUCACAGUGCCAUGCUAAAAUACUGUCCAAAACGCCUACACUUCCAGUAUCCAACAAUGCUGGCACGCACCAUGUUGGCCGUUAUGGACCACAAUGAAAACCACUCCAGACCUCGGGAACAGGAUAAAACGGCUGCAGGUGUCCCAAGAGUCAAUGUGGUCAUGCAGAAGUACUCAGGCCAAUGGGUCCCCAGGCCCUUGUACAAGAAAACAACCCAGGAGUUCAGACAAGAGCUGGUGGACAGAGUCUUCGAGCGACGCAUGGAUCCCACAGUUCAAUACAAAGACCCGGCAUCCCGUCUUCGAACACCCCGUUUGCCAGCCAAUAUCGCCUUGGUUGCAAAACCCAGCAAAGAAGAUGUAAUGAAAACCUACACGUCAAGAUUCAGAGGUCCAACAGAGGGUCUUUGAUGCUGCUGAGAUAGUAGGGGAGUAGGGCUGUAAUGAUGCACUCAACUCAAGAUUCGUAUCACAAUCUUUGACCUAUGGCUCAAUACACUGCACAAUUUUUUUCCCCCAUGCUCUUGUUUACACAAAAUAACUAUAAUUUUAAGGUAGAGAAGGUUAAAAGUUGCUACUAAGUGUUUUGUUACAAAACUGUUAAAUGGGGAGGAUUUGAAACUUGAAGGCACUAUCAUUGAAGGUUGUUUUCUGCACUGAAGGGUACAUUGAACGAGUACUUUGUAAGUGUAUCACAACACUGCCUUGUUCUUGGCUUGCGAUUCAGUAUCGUGACUAUCACGGUUUCUCUUUUGAUACAAUACUGUUACAGCCCUACAGGGGGCUGAAGUCUAUGGCUGAAACGUUGCCUUCAGUUGAUAAUAAAGAAU